CUCCCCGACGCCCGACGGCUCCCCGACGGCCACGCCCACGCCCACGCCCGACAGCUCCCCGACGGCGGGCGGGCGGGCGGGCGUGGGUCCCACUCGCCUUCUUCUCCGUCCCUUUCCUCCACCCCGACCUCCAUUUUCCCCGUCUAGGGUUUCUCCUCCCUUCCGCCACUCUAACAGAAGACUAAAGCAUAUUUAUUCGCUUCUUCCUCGAUCCGACCACGGUAAAGCCGGAUCAAGAAACAAAAAAUGUCAGGAAACCUCAAGUUUAUCAUUUCUACAGUACUACUAUUAUUUGCAAUAUCAACACCUGUCUGCUCCAAUGAAGAUAAUUAUUUGCAUUGUCAAAGGGUUGUUAAGAAUUGGGUAGAAUCUUCCCGUGAGAGUGGACAAGACAGAGAUAAGUUAAACCUGAAAGAUUUAUUGUUCUUUUUACAUGUUCCUAGAACCGGUGGACGAACAUACUUCCAUUGCUUUUUGAGAAAGCUGUACACCAGUGCUCAGGAAUGCCCACGCUCAUAUGACAAGCUGCGUUUUGACCCCAGCAAACCAAACUGCAGAUUGGUUGUUAGUCAUGAUGACUAUAGUUUGAUUUCCAAACUGCCUGAAGAUAGAUCCUCUGUGGUGACAAUAUUAAGAAAUCCACUUGAUCGCGUAUUUAGCACAUAUGAAUUUUCUGUGGAAGUUGCUGCUAGGUUUCUUGUGCAUCCAAACCUAACUUCAGCGAAGCAAAUGUCUAGUCGAAUACGGCCGAAAUCUCGUGGUGUAAGCACGUUGGAUAUCUGGCCUUGGAAAUACUUGGUUCCUUGGAUGAGAGAGGACCUCUUUGUUCGGAGGGAUGCAAGGAAACUUGGGAAACUUAGAAGGAUGAAUGAAAUAACUGAUCCAUAUAACAUGGAAAAUAUGGUGAUGCCUCUACAUGACUUCAUCAAUGAUCCUUUAGCUCAUGAGAUCGUUCACAAUGGAGCGACUUUUCAGGUAGCAGGACUGACAAACAAUUCUUAUUUGCCGGAAGCUCAUGAAGUGCGUGAAUGUGUGAGGAAACACCCAACACUUGGCCGUGCUGUACUUGAGGUUGCAAAGAGUAGGCUGGAUCAAAUGCUGUAUGUUGGACUUACUGAGGAUCACAAGAAGUCUGCCAGAUUGUUUGUUAAUAUGGUUGGAGCACAAGUCCUUUCCCAAUCUGAAGCCUUGAGCUCCUCUGAUGUUCAGGCUGAGGCAUCCAGGAAAACUGAAUUAAGCUCUUCCUUUCCAGAGAGUGAGACCGGAGAACCAGAUCAAAUUCAGAGUAGCAACUACAGUCAACUAGGCACUGAAGUUUCUUCUCCUACAGAUGCUACAUCAGUUGAAGCAAAUAUGACUGUUGAGAAAUUGAUGGGAGCCUAUGAAGAAUGCAUUUCCAGCUUGCGAAAAUCUCAAUCAACUCGGCGUAGUAUGUCUCUGAAAAGGAUUGCUCCUGCUAACUUUUCAAAGGAGGCACGCCUCCUGGUCCCAGAAACAGUUCUGCAGCAGAUCAUCUCAUUGAACAGCCUUGAUAUGGAACUAUAUAGGCAUGCAGAGAGUAUCUUCUUGCAACAAGAGCAUCAUAGUCUUAAGGGGCGCGGUGCUUUCAUGGCGCAGCAACAGCAAAAGAUGAUAAACACUGAACAUGAAAGCUCAUGGAACAACUUGUAUAAUGGGUACUCUUCAGGGAAGGUUUUCUUGUUAACCACCACUCUAACCAUUUGCCUCAUCUUAUUUGUUAUAACAAAAAGGAGGAGGACAUCUAAACUUAAGGUUUGAACAUGAUAGCUGCUAUAAGUAAUGCUCUUGUUACACAUAUAUUCAAACUUAAAAAAAGAGCUUUUACACCUAUGUUUGGAUCUGUUGACUUUGUUAGGCAACAUGCAAAAGGUUGAAAAGCUGAGUUGGAUCACUGACUCUCUGUUGAUGGUUCUGGCCAUUAUUAUUAUUAUUAUUAUUUUUUUAAA